AAUUCUGUCUCCAAUUCAGGAAACUUGCCAACUCCAUCUAGAUCCUAUACAAAUAUAGAGGGCCAAAUGUCAACAUCAGCAUUGGUAAAACACACCUUUUCCUACAAGAGCUUCCAAAGUUUUUUUAAAAAUUAGCAGAUUAUCCUUUAAUUACUAAAUUAGCAUUAAUUAAAAAUUAAUUAAUUACGUUUCCAAUGCAUUAAUUUUUGUUUUACACUAUCUCCAGAAUAUUGUGUGGUCAUUUGGCUUGAACCGUAAUGUACCUGUGUUGAACCUCAGUGAUGGAGUGAGACAGGCCAUCAUGUAUCCUUGUGCACAUGUUGGCAUCAUGUAUGAUUAUAAAAACAACAAACAGCAUAUUCUGCAGGCUCAUGUAAGCUCCUUUUAACAGUUUAAGUUGAGAACUAUCAUUGAUCAUCUUCAAAUAUUUUGGUCAGUUGACAGCCUGUGAAAUUAGCACUAAAUUAUAGAAUCAUUAUUUUAAAUAAAAAUAUUGUUUUGCUUAUUCAAUUUAUAGAUAAACUGAGAUUAAAUUAUAUACAUUUUAAAGAUUACAUAAAUUAAAGGACUGCUUUCAAGCUUAGUAAAUUAAUGAAAUAGCAAAACGAAGUAUGUGGAAGCUUGUUUUGUGUCCUGUUAUCUUAUUUCAAGCUUCCACAUACCUCGUUUUGCUAUUUCAUUCAUUUAAAGAUUUCAAAAGUUUAUAAAUAAUUUUUAUUUUAAAUUAUAUUUUUAUUAUCAAUGUAUUUCAAGAUAUGACAAAUUUUUAUUUUUUUUCAGCUUAACCCAAUCACUUGCUCAGCUGUCUCCCAGGACAAAAGGUGGCUAGUUACAGGAGAUGUUGGUCCAGAUGCCAUGGUCAAUAUCUGGGACACUUAUACUGGGUUUGUGAGACUGAUAAAUUUGGGCCUAUAUGAAAUGCUGCAUAUCAUCGCUGUAACUUUUUAAAUUUGAAAAAUGAAUGUUUUUAUAAAAUUCUGACUUUUGCACAUAGAGAGUUUUAGCAAUAAUAUAUAAAAAUGUAAAGAAGUUAUGAAAGAUGAUAAGCACAGUUGGAUCCAAAGGUGCUCCUAGCAAAUUUGGAAGAGAAAAUUUUUGUUAAUUAAUUGAUUAACAUUUUAUAUCUUUUUAUGCAAUAGACCUGGAAUUAUAUAUACCAACCUGUAUGGUUUAUCCGCACUUUGUGCAGCUUUUAUAUAUUUUAAAAGGUGUACAGCUAAAGGGGUGGCUGACAUAAUACCCUGGAAUUAUCGAUGCUUCAUCAGUCAGGUCAUCACAUGCAUUUUGAAAAAAGACAUUUAAGUGCUAUUAUGAAAGUGAAGCACAUUUUAAAACAUAUUUGGACAAAGUAAACUUUGAGGCAAUGAAGGGAGAUUCUACAUCUAAUAAAUCUUUCCUCGUCUUCAUCAAUACCUUGUAUAUUAUCUAUCGGAUAACGUUCAAAGGGAAGAUCUUAUUUGCAAAUUUGAUUGCAAUCACAAAUAGUUUACCAUGCAAAAUUAAAAAUUACAUCUGUUGUUUGGGUUUUCAAACUGAUCAAGAAAAGAAAUUAUGCAGAAGGCAAAGUUUGCUUACAUUCAAAGCAUUGAUAAUUAAAGAAAAAGUUAUAAAUUACAUUUUUUUUCUGUACAGUUUUUCAUGCUUUUGUACAUUUUUUUGGGGGUACUAUUUGUAUAGUUUUUGAUCCUGCAUGUUGCCUGAAUGCCUCAAAUCAAAGCGAAUUAAAAAUAAAACAAGUAUUUCUAUUAUUGGUCAACUUUAUAUUCAGUCAUUUUGAUGAAUAAAUAAUUAUAACAGAUUUAUCAAUACAAAGAUUUUUUAAAAUCUCAAUUUUUAAUUUUAAGAAAAAUUUGCUACUGAUAUUUUGAAGGACCUAAAAAUCAAUUUACAAGUGUUAAAAUGUUUUGUUUUGUGUGUGUGUAAAAUUUAACUUGUAAAAUCCAAAGAUGCUAUUAUGAGUAUUAUAUUCUCAACUGAAGCUUAUAUCAAUAAGGCAUUUAUAUUUUUUAUUAAAUCUUACAUUUAUGCAGUACCCCAAUCCAGACUAUGUUUGACCCUAACCCAAAAGGGGGAGUAGUUGCUGUGGCAUUAACUCCUGACUCACGCUACUUGGCAACUCUCAGUGCUCUGCCCAUUCAGGUGUGUUGUGGCAAUUAAUUUCCCCUCCUCUUGGGCAUGUUAUUUUUACUAAUUUAAGUUGUUUUUUCUUUAAAAGUUUUAAAAUAAAUAAAUUUAUAUACCAUUUUCUCACCCUCCUUUCUUUAAUUAAUUUUGUGGAUUGUUUCUUCCAGACUUUGGCCAUUUGGGACUGGACUGUGGACGGAGAUGUUCCUAUUUGUUCAGCUGAUCUGAAACCAGCAUAUGGACUACAAAACUUUAUUUACUUUGAUCCAACUGAUGUCCAUCAUUUAGUCACUAAUAGUGAAACUCAAGUUCUAUUCUACCACUGGGUAAGUUGACCUUAAGUCUUUCAGUCUCUUAUAUAUUUAAUUAUUUGAUUUUAUAGUUUUAAAUUGGUCGCCAUUAAUUUCUGCUAAAUAAUUUAUGCUCUCAAAUGUCUCACAUAUGUAUUUUCUGUUGUGUUUCAAACACAAUCUCAUGUAAUUUGAAAUUCAGCUCCACUAUGGAGCCAUAUUCUUAAAUUUAAUUUCUAAUUUUAAAAUUUGUUUACUGUUUGUCCAUUCAGUAAAUUGAAAGUGGGACAAACAAAUCCUCCUUUUUUUAAAAGACAAAUAUGUUCAUUUUUUUAGAAUGGGUUCCUUUUUAUUAAGUUUUCCCUGCCUGUUAACUCUCAAAGUAUGUUAUAUUGACUUUUCGAGCUUGAGUGGUCGAUAGAUUAUUAAUUGAUUUUUUAUCACCUGUUACAUACCAAAUAUAUUUGUAACUUUUUAACGUGCAAAUGUAAUUUUUUUGAGAAAUAAAAAAAAAAUAUCCAUUAAUAAAAAAAAUUUAGUCUGUGCAUUGUGUUUCGUUUUUCUUUAUGACACGAUUUUCGUCUGCCAUAUUGCCGUUCCUGUGAAACUUCACUGAAGGCUGGUGACACAAAAUGUGACAAAUAGGCUCCAAAUUUAUCUUUCAACAUUAUGUUGAUUAUAUUUUAAGUCAAAACGUGAGACUAGCCCGAUAAAAACAAGAAGAAGACAUGACUGAUGAUGAUUUUGUGUAUUUUUACCUGAUCGAAAGUUCGCUAUCAGCGGUAAGAUUUUUGUCUUUGUUACGGCAGCUCAAAACACAUUCAAAUUUUUUGGAAUUAGUGGAAAAAACUAUGUUUACAUUGAUAUACUUUAACAGUGGACUUCACAGUUAUUGAAAUUAAGUAUUUAAGGUCAUUUAUAGUAAUUCAUUAUUCCUGUAUAUCAAGUGUAGAUUUUAUUAUCAUUAUUUUUUCAUAGGUAUAGUUGUUUGAAAUUUCCUUUGUUUACAUAAGAUACACUUAGAAGAGGCAAUGAGUUUUUGGUCUUUAAUUUAACCUGGAUUAAAAAUUUAAUUUUGAAUUUACGUUACUUUUAAUUGAAUAAUGCAUUUAGUUUUGUUCCUACAUGUAAUGCUUAUAUUUUAUUAUAAUUUCAUAGUGUCAGGGUGGUGACUUGGAUAUUGGACAACCCAAUCAUCAUGACAAUGAUAUUCCUGUCCCAAGACCAGAGCUAACUACUGAAACCUGUCCAAAACAAGAUAAGAUAAGGAGUACAUUCACCUUUAUCACUUUUCAACUUCAAUUUACAUCAACAAGGUUGGAGAUGCUUUGUAAAUGUACACAACAAAUGCACCUGCAGUGUUAUGGCAACUAAGCAAACUUGAUUUUAAAACUGGACCUUCCAGCUAAUAAACAAAAUUUCUAACAUUCAUUGGACUCAUAACCUACAGGCUCCACUUGUGUGAUCUGUUACUGGAUAUAAAGGAGUUUAUUCACUGGAUUAUGGAAUUCAUAAUUUUAAAAAUUUUUUUUGCCAAUGUACAUGCCUGUAUAGUGAGUUUCUAUGCGAAAAAACAGAGUAAACUGUUGGUAAGCAGGUACAUUUAAUUUCAUCAGUACCAGAUGAAAGGUAAAUGCAUGCAAAUAUGGUCCCUGGAGCAACCAUAAUAAAUAAUCAAGAGAAGCAGGAGAGGAUAAGAUGUACUCAUUUCAUACAUGUAACACAAUACUGUCAAUACUGGUAUGAACAACAUAACUGUAAAUGAACUAUUGUUCCUGGCAGAUUAAAUAUCUAAACAUUCUAAUGGUUCUGUUGUUAUAGUAAGUUGAGCUAAAUCCAACACCUGUGGCUAGUUGUUUGGACUUUGAUAAACUUAGUGGAUAAAAGAUAUCAGCUUUGGAUGAAAUACAAAUAAUCUGGACAACAAUAUUAUUAGUAGAAGAAAACUACUGUGGCAAAGACUGGUAAGAGAAUUAUCCUUUCAUUUAAUUUAAUUUUCUAGUGAUAGGCUUAUAGUCAUAUUUAUUUUAAUCUGAAGAAAACAAAAUGCAUUUCUUGAAUAAUUAAAAAGAUCUGAAAGCUUAAGUCUUUUUAAUUCCUUAGUCGCUCAUUUUUCUGCUGCAGCAAUAUGAAUGAUUAUAAAACACCAAUGGCAUGCUGUUACAAGAGCAAUUGUUACUUACAGUAAAGAUAUAAUGUGAAAAUCUUUAUUUUUUAAAAGAGAGAGAAAAUUUGGGACUUAAUGUGCUGUCAUGUUAAAUAAAUAUUUCUGGAAAAUAGAUGUGGUCAUAUUUCAUACCGAUAUGUUUAUUUGUACCCAAUGUGGUAUAUUUUUAAUAAACAUAUGUAAAAAUUAUUUAUAUCCACUUAUUUGUAAUAAUUGUAUUUCUCUCAUGAAAUACUUGCCUGGUAUUCUUUAACAUUUUUUUAAAAAUUCGCUAUUUUAAAAAGUUUAUGAAGUAUUUUAAUAGUGGCAUAAUUAAUACAAAUAAUGGUAAAAGUUCUUGGAAUUUUUAUAUUUGUUGUUAAAAUGGAUGCAAUUGAUGAAUAUAAUAAACAUUUUAACUUAGGACUAAACACUUAUUUCUUUGCUUCUACCUGUUUGUGGUAUGUUUACAUUUUUAAAUAAAAUUUAGCACACCUAAAAACCUAAUCUUUUGGCCACAAAUCAAAGCCAUAAUGAACUUUGAUCUCAUAAUUGGUAUCAAAUAAUAGAUCAUUUAAUUCUGAAUCAAAGAUUGUAAGGGUACCUAGUAAGGGAGACAAAAAUAGCAGAAAACCAAGAAUAUUUGAGAGUUAAGUAAAUAAUUUGAAAACCCGGUGAUAGCGCUGCAUCAGAUCUAGUUAUAAUUUAAAUAAAAAGAAAUUUUUAAAAUAUUUAGCUUUUCAAUGAAUGACUUGCUUUGUUCAUCUCCACAGGAAGACGCUGCCAUUAAAUACUAUGCACCUCCAUUAAGUGACAAUGACUUUAACAAACCUGUUGGCCGCUACAGUCAGUCAUUGUUUCAGAUUGGAAUUGCGAGGGCUCUGACAGCAACAUCCAUUGGGAAUCUAGUUGUCUGGGACAACAAUCGUCCAUUAUCUAAAAGUAAGUUAAAUUUAUUACACUGAUUUGUAAUAACUGCUUCAUGGCAAACAUUACGUACACAGCCAUUUCAUGGCAAAAUAAAAGUAACAAAAGUGUCACACCCAACCUUAAAUUAUUUUCAGUCUCCAAAAAUCUGUUUACUGCUUUCCAUUUUCUGCCUUUGUUUCAACAUUCUAGUUAGUUCAGUGAUUCUCAAGUGGAAGGUUAGCGACGGAGGCCACAAAAAAAUAUUUAAGAACCAAUAGGCUAUUGUUUUAAUGAUGGUGUAAAAAAAUUCUUAAGUGCCCGUCAUUUAAUUUCAAUGUUAAAGAAUUUUAUGGGUUAAGUGUUUAUAAGUAGGCCUUAGAGACAACAGCAUUUCGUGAUUAAUUUAAAGAAUUAAUUUAUAAAUUUUUAUUUCAUAGUGUACAUGAAACCUGAAAUAGAUGUUUGGACCGGCCUUCCGAGUAAAUCCACCUUGUUUUUCUGUUACACAUUUUAAUUUUUUAUUGGAAUAUCUUGCCUAAGCAAAGUAAUUCCCCCUACAACUUUUAAACAUAUCCAGUUGUCACUUUAUCAAAUUUUAGAAUUGAAAAUGGGGAAACAAAAACAAGUAUCUUUUAUAAUAUUUGUAUGUAGGAGAACCCCUCUGUCAGGAUAUGAGCUCCAAACAUCACAAUUGUAAAUAAAGAUCUUUCUGGUAAUUAAUUUGUUAAAGUUGCAUAAUGACCUUAUUAAAAAAAACAUUAUAUUUGUAUAGUCAUAGAUUGAUUUAUUUAAUUGAGAGAGCUGGUAGCAUAAUUUUAGCCAAGGGAAAACAGAGUUUUUGUCCUAUCCCUUUCCUCCAAACUCACCCUUCCAUCCAAGUUUCACAAUGACCCCCUGGUUUUGAAAAUUACCCCUUUUGUUUGAAAUAUUUAAUUUGACAGUGUUUACAUUUUACAAUUUAAACAAGAUUUCUUUGUUUUAUUUGAGUAUUAACAAGGACAUUUUUUUUCAUGUUGAAAAGAGAGAUCAAAUUUGUGAAUUUUCAUAAUAAAAGUUGUUUAACUAGAUGUGUAUUUAUCAAUAUCAAUGCUUGUUUAACGAAAAUUAAAAUGUGUUUUCUGAUUAUCUAAGGAACAGUUUAAAAUACUGGCCGAUUUUAAAAUUAAAUUAAAUUUUAACUAAAGUUUUCAAUUUAUAUAGAAUAGUUGUUUUUUUUUAAGAAUGGUAACUAAAGGUAUAAUUAUAAGUAGAUAACUUAAGAUAUAAUUAUAAGUAAAUAACUUAACAUGUAAUAAAUUCACUUGUUUCAUAUUUCACACAAAUUCCAAUUCACAUCAUAAUUCAUGUCACUACUUGCACUUUUAUCUUUCAGUUAUGGAUGUCAACCAAAGUGCUGAUAAAAAGCCUUUGAAAAUCAUCAAAGUACAUGAUAAAGGAAUCAAUGUUCUGACCAACACUGACCAGUAGGUAUUUUAUGUACAUAACUGUUUCGGAGUAUAGAUGUUCUGACCAAUGUGACCGUAGAAACACAUAAUUGCUGCAACUCAUGUGUGAAUCACUUAAGGCCAAAAAAAUAAAUGAGAUCCAUAACAAGGCAAAAAUUGAGAAUAUAUAAUUCUUUCUAAAACAGUGGGUAUUCAUCCAAUGUUUGAACAAUAAAUAAUCAUUUCAAACUCCAUGACACCAUUUCAAUACUUUCACUUCACAAACUUAAACUAAUUCUAUGAUUGAAACGUGUUCACAAUCUUAAACUAAGUCUAUGAUUGAAACAUGUAUUUGGGACAUUAAAAUUACUCAUAAAUGUGGUUUUCUGAAUCUUAAAGUUAAUUGAUUUGUUGCAAAGGGGUCACAAACAGGAAUUGAGACCUACAAGCUGUUGCUUGUGGCAAGCAAUGUGUUUGGUGUCACACAUUCUAAUAAGUGUGUGUUCAGCCCUUGGCAUCAAAAUCUCUUUAUUUAGCGCAUAUAUUGGUUUAGUUUGAAAGUAGGGUAUAUAAUAUUUUUUAAAUUGUCAAACUUAUUUCAGAUACAUUGUCAUUGGUGACACAGCAGGGCAUAUAAAGUUCUAUGACCAAGGCCUUAGGCUAAUCUACUGGUAAGUUGUUUGGGUUUGAUUUGCUGCUGUUAACUUGGUUGCUUUGUUAAAUACUUUUAAAAAACGAUUACUUAAUUUUGUUCAAUAUCCUAUUGCCCUCUUUAAACAUUUCCGUUUCAGGUACCAGGAUUUUCACUCUGGUCCAUGUACAGCCAUUUCAUUUGCUCAUAUGCCAGAUUUUGUCAAUGUGUAAGUUAUAUUAAUAUUUUUACAUUUUAACAAAAUUGAAAGAAAUAUAAAAAACAUAACAUAUAAUAUAUCAUUUACAUUAAAUUUGUUAAUAAUACGACCAAGAAAAAAUGCAUAUCAGAGUCUCUUUUGAAAAAUAAUGUUAUCAGAAGUGGAGCAUAUUUUACAUAAUACAUAUUUUUAUCCUCAGUGCUACUGAAAACAGUAAAUACCCUUCAGAUGCAACCAAACAAGCUAAACCAUUUGUUAUCAGGGACUUUAUUGUUGGAACUGCCAUUGCUGUCUACUGCAGCAUAAACACAGAUGGAAGCAAACUGAGGGUAAAAACUUGUAAACAUGUGUUUACAGUGAUGUCAUGGUGUGAGAUAUUCAGAGCAAUGUGUUAAUCCUGAUAUUUUACAGUGCAAUGUGAUAUAUUGAAGUUUUUGGGGUAAUUUAUAGAUAUAUAUUUUCUACACUAUAACUAAUACAUUUUUUACCACCCCUUUACUAAUUUAUAAAUACAUUUGUUCUGACAGGUAAUCCACAGAGAACAUGAUGCUGCAGUGCAUGCCCUAGCUGCUCAUCCUCAACUGUAAGUUCAACUAAUAAAAUCAUUAAAAAAUAUUGAGUUCCUUUGGGGCACGUACCCUUUGUUGACCAGAGGCCAAAAUAAAGAAUUUAUACACUCUGCAGCUAAUUUUUUGUUUGUACAGCUUUCAAAAUUAAUAAUAUAAGCUGUCAUUAUAACAAGUGUAAUAUCAUGAAAAUUCUGUAAAAGGAAUUUUCCAUAGACAAUAACUACAGUUGGCUGGGGGGUGGGGGGGGGGCAAGGCUUUAAAUAUCAUGGUAUUUGUGGGACUCAACUCAAAUACACCAGUACUGCUUGUUUUCUUAAAAAAUUUGCCCUAAAAGUGUCAGCUAGAUAUACAAAAUCACCUUUCUUGACCUGGCACAGUGGUUCUCAACCUGUGGGUCGUGACCCCUUUGGAUUUGACCCAUUCACUGGUGUUGCCUAAGACCAUAGAAAAACACAUAUUCUCUACAGUUAUGAAGUAGCAACGAAAAUAAUUUUGUGGUUGGGGGUCGCCACAACAUGAGGAACUGUAUUAAUGGGUCGCGGCAUAAGGAAGGUUGAGAAGCACUGACCUAGAAGAACAUGACUUCAAGACAUGUUAUCUUUGGCUGGUUUCAAUAUGAAAAGUUGGAGUUUAUGAACACAAUUUGAAAUGGACUUUUGCUUCAAAUAAACCUUGUUUGAUUUAAAAAGCUUAAUAAAAAAUUCAAACUUAAUAACUUACAAAGAUUCAUUCAUCUUUUUGUUUGCCCAACUAGGCCUAUAGUAGCUAUUGGCAGUUACUCUGGUCUUCUUAAACUGUGGAAUUACAGAACAAAGUAAGUGCACUUAAAAAAAAAAAACAGAACACAUUAACUCUCUGCAGUCCGACUAUAGAGAAAUGGUACUUUUUGAUUUUGUGGGUGGGUUAUUUAUUUUUUAACUUAAAUUUUUAAUCAAAAGAAAUUAUUUAUUAUAUUUUGAUAAUUUGUGUCAUUGGUUUAAGUACUAGUAAAAAUAUUAAAAUUAUUACAAAAUUUGAAAUUACUAUUAAAAAAAAAUUUUUUUGGAAACUUAUUCUGCGCAGAGUAUUCCUUGAAAGCUUCGCAGAUUUCCAAAAAACAAAAUAAUGUAAGUGUCACAAAAAAAUUAAUUAUUAGUAUCAAUAUUGUCAAAUGAUUUUCAUUUCCUGAUUUAUCAAGGAGUUAUUUUUUUUUUAUCAAGUAAUGCAUCCAAAUGGAGACUCUAAUUAAGAAAUUUAUCCCACCGACUAAUGCUAUCGUAAACAAGCAAGCUUAAUUUUAAUUAUCAUUUCAUUCUAUUUGAAUUUUAUUGAGUUUCAAUAAUUUUAUAAUAAAUAAAUAACGUGGCUAUGUUAAAUAAAUAAAUUCUAAAAAUAGCGGAAAGCUCCGGCCGAUGGUAACUUGUGUAAUUAAAAUAAAUUUAGAAUUAAGGACUUCUGAGUUAUUAACUAAAAAUAUUUCUUUAAAAUAUGUUACAGCCAAGAAUAAUCUUCUAAAUGUUCUAAUAUUGCAUAGUAGAAAUGUGUUCAAAUUUAAUUACCAUUAUCGCUAGUCACUAGUAUUAGAAGAGACUACAGUCGACAGAAUAAAAAACAAAACAUUUAUGUUUUGUUAAAAGCUCAUUAACUCUAUGGGAAGGAGGAGAGAGAGACAAAAAUGCAGAUAUUGGAUCAAGGACCCCUUAUUCUUUAUUGAUCCUAAAUAUUAAGCCUGGACUCCACCCUUUUAAUGUGUUACAGAGUUACUGGAUGGAUAUCUUUGAAGAUUUUACCCUUAAAACAACUGGUGGUAAGUUAUAAUCUAAUCACUUGGUUGCAAAGAGCAUAAAGAAUAAACUCACAAUAUUGUUAUACCAUAUGUUAUAAUGUAUUUUCUAUGUACAAUGGUUUACUUUUAUACUAAUAUAGGCAUUUGGACUAGGAUUAAUGGUAUUUUUCCCUUACUGAUAGCAUACCAUUACUGAUACCAUUAGUGUUAAUUUUAUUUAUGCAGCAAAAAAAAAAAUUCUUUCCAUAGGUUCUUUAUUGAGUGAAUGUUUUGUGGUGACAAAUUUUACUUAAUCUUAUGUGGAAAUCAAAUCCAGGACAAGCUCUUAUUUAUCAAAUAUAAUUAUUAUAAUAAAAAUGCAGUCUGUUUUAAGAAAUAAUAUUUGUUCAGUGUCCAUAAAUAUAAUUAAGGCAUACUGUAGUUUAUCGGCCUGUGUUAUGUGAGGAUUAUAACACAGUUAUAUAAAAAUACAUGGGGAAAAAAUAGAUCAGAUUAGUGGGAAUGGAUCGUAUUGGGAAUUAAUAUCAAAAUUAGCAGUAUUGUACUGAAACAUUUUAAUUUUUGUUAACUUUGACAUCAGGGAAUACCGGUACAUUAACAUUAAAAAAACAAAAACAAUAUUGGCUCUUGUUUUGAGUUAUUUAUAUAAUCAUCAAAUUAUACUUAGUUAUCUUUUACUCAAGAAUUAUCAAGAAAUAUGUUUAAUAUACAAAUAUAGAAGUUAUGAGGCCCAUUAUUUAAAAUAUAUUACAUACAAAACAUAAUUUUAAUUAAAAGAAAAAUUCUAGUGCAUUUUUUAGGAAAAAAAGACAAAAUAUAAGUUUUGCUAAAAUAUUGACAACUUUUUGAUUUUUCAUAGAAUGUUUGUCAUGUUUGACUAUGAAUUGUAUUAGAUGAUGAAGUAUUUUAUUUAAAUACAUUUUAAAUAUUUUAUAACAAGGAGUUGUUUUUUUCCUUCAUACUCUGUGAAAAUUUUGCAUAAAAUGAAAAAAAAAUAAUUCUCCAAUAAUAUUUUAAUUAUCUUUAUAACUAAGAAAAUAAAAUAUACAAAUAAUAUAUAAUGAUAGCUGAGUUAAAGAUGAACAAGUUAAUAUGCAUAACUGAUCAGUUCCGAGCUGUUUCAGAUGAGUUAAUUAAUUAUUUUAAAAAAUCACCUUUGAAAAAAACACCAGACUGCAGAGAGUUCACACUUUCCUGUAUUUUUGUGAAGAAUAAAAUUAAUAUAUUUUUGUGUGCUUUUGUUGCCUCCCAAUCCAUAAAAAUAUUCAUCAUUUUCUUUUGUUUUGACAGUGUAUUAAUUUUUUUUGGUUUUAUUGAAAAUAUUUAUUGUUUUUCUUUCAAAUAUUCAUAUUAAUGUGAUUGUGUAAAUUCAUAUUGUUAUGAAUAGUAGAUGGUUUACAAACUAAAUAUUUAGUAAUUAGAUAUGUUGUUUAACAUUUUUAAAAAAAUUAUGAAAGUAGUUUCAGGGUAAAGAAUUUUAUUGGUGCAAUUUAUUUUAUUUCAGAGAAGUUGUUGCUUCAAAGAUGAUUGAGAAACACCACAUUCAGUGCUGUGCAUUUGAUCCUAAAGGUUUCAAUAUUGGUUAGUUACUAUGCUAUCCUGAUCUGCAUUAAAAAAUAUAUAUGAUGGAGUGAUAUAGUUUUCAUUUGAGUUUUCUUUACAACAAACAACUUCUCUCAAUUAAAAAUUAUAAGCUAAAAAUGACUUAUGUAACAAAAUGUAAACAAAUUUCAAGCUAAAAUUACAUGUGUGGAAAAAUUUAUACAAAGUGUUAGCUAAAAUUAAAUGUGUAAACAAGUUUAAAUAAAGUGUUAGGUAAAAUUACAUGUGUGACAAAAUGCAUGCAUAAUUUCCUCAGCUUUGGGCUGUACCAAUGGUGCAUUGUUUCUAGUUGACUCAGUAGCCCUGUUGGAUCAGUUCAAAGAACCUUUCAAAUAUGCAAGAGAUCCAAUAACCCACCUCGCUUUUAGCCACAAUUCCACUUACCUUGCAACAGCAGUAAGUACACAUUAUCACAAGUCCUUAUUGUUAUUUAGGGAGGAGAUUGGAAUCCAGCCUUAUAUCAGAUUUUUUUUAAAGUUCAUAAUUAUUCCAAUGACAAGUUAUUUCUGCCUUGAUCAAUAAGCAGUACUAUAGCAGAGUACAUAUUUCCUAUGUUAUUAAUCUUGCUUCUUACAAAUUACACAGCAUAUAUUCCAUGUUAUUAACACUACUUCUUACAUAGCAGUUGAUACAGAUCCUGAAAUAGUUUAUUAAGUGUAAAAGGUUGAGUGGGAGGAUAGGUGACAUUAAGAUUUAAAAUUGUUUUUAUAAAAAAUUGGCAAGUGUUUUGUGCUCAAUGCCCUAGUUUUCUACCUCCACCACUCUGUAGUAUGAAAUGAUUUACUUUUUUUAAUGGUGGGGUGGGUGGGGGGGAGAUAACCUUUAUUUAUUUUGUUUAAUUUAAAAUGAAUGGUGUUGCUUUAUUCUUGUUUUGCAGGAUGCUGGUUUCACCAUCACAGUGUACAAAAGACAGCGCAAAGAAGGCAGAAGUCCCUAUAUUUGGCAUGGACGGUACAGAUCUCACUAUAAGCCAAUAAAAGAUUUGCUCUUUGAAAUACACUUAGACACUAACCAACCAAAACUGCUGUCACUGGGAGAAGACAGGAUGCUGGUAAUACAUUUUUUUUUUUUAAACAUUUCAGAAAUCCUUUUUUCUCUUAAAAGAAAAGUAUCUAAAUAUGUCUAUAUCUUUCAAUAAUUUCAUUAAUUUUAUUCUUUUAUAAUUUUGUUAAAAGGGCAUGACCAUGAAUGUCAUAAUUGUAGGAUAUUCAUUAAAUAGACAUUCUGAAUUCACUAGAUCCUACUACCCAUAUGGUUAUCAGUAAAAAAAAGUUUUAAGUGUUUUUGGUUGUUUUAAAGUAAACAAUGAUCAUUUUUUUUUAAAAUCCCACUUACAAUUUAUUUAUAAUAUUUACUCUAAUCUAUAAAAAGCUAAAAAAAUGUAUCUACAGGAGUACCAGUGGCGUAGCGAGGGGGAGGUGGGGGGGGGGGGGUGCGGACUGUCACAAAUGACUGGGGCGGGGGUUAACAACAGAGCUCCAUUGUUCUUCAGAUAAGUUAUGGGGUGAACGGAAAUUGCUGUGAUUUUAGGUAGGGGACUGUUAGGCGCAUGGGGGUAAGGCUAAUACAUUCUCGUAUCUUUUAGAUUAAGGGGAUGCUUCUUUCCAAAACAUUAUGUCUCGGGUUUCCCAGACUUCGUGUGACAACUUUGGGGUUGGCGACCGAAGUUCCUAAUUGACCGGAAAUAAGGGGGGUAUAGAUGGGUUAAUUUCCAGCAUUCCUGGACCACCAAGGGAGGUAGAGAAUGGUAUAUAACAUAGAACUCUUCGUGACGUAAGGCAGAGGGAGAGAUUCGUGGAUGGUCGUUCUGUUGUAACAGACAUAGUAUUACUAGCUGUAGUCAGAGAUAGAAGUAAGGAUAUAUAGCGAAGUGUUAACAGUUAGAAAGGAGACAUUACAAUCUUAUUAUAGUGAUCAAUACAUCUUUUACUUAUAACUGUUAAUGAGGAGUUGUUUAUUCAUUCAUUCGUGUUCUGUGUUCUCUUCGUUGUAUUUCUCAACACCUGGACUAGUGAACCAUCACAGAGAGGAACGGCCCCUGUACUAUAUUCACAACACCACCAAAACCACGUGGUACCUGACCAAAAUUACGGGCCAUACCUCAUAAUACCAUCUCAUCUGUGACACGGACGCACCGAGUGACACCCAUUUGAAAAAUUGCAUAUUUACUGAGCACACACUGCUCGGUCUAAACAAGAUUCAUAAAAGGAUAACCAAUUACACAUACAUUUUUCACAAAUGUAAACAAUCCAAUUGCAUGCUUUAUUAAAAGUUCAAGAUUGAUGCAUCAGAAAUGAGAUGACACCAUGUUUAGGUCAGAAAAACACAGUCAUUAUUUCACACCGCGAUUGAAAUGUUCAGUAACUUCCAUAAGUGACAGGAGGCUAUAUUUAUCUAGAUUCUGAGAAAUAGGGCUUUCCAUCGAUACCAAAUACGGUGUGGUUGGGGGAUUCUAAGUAUAAGAAUUGGUAAAAAUUAAAAACAUUAAAAAAUGAAUUUUUACCCAUUUAUAGGGUUAAAAAUAUAUAUUAUUUUACACAAUUUCCAAUCUUUUAAAUUUCGAAUCUUUUAAUGAUAGCUCAUAUUUAUUUAAAUUUAAAGAAAGAAAAGUUUUUUGAAGACAUAUAUAAUAUUUUAUAUCAAAACCCAGAAAUACUAAAAAAUUAAUAUUUUCCCUGAUUCCUCACUAGUAUUACCCCUUAACAUUUGAGCACGAUUGUCAUAUUUCGACUGCUGGGUUUUACCUGCUACCUUUCUAUGUUGUAUUUUGGACAGUGCUCUGACUUCUGUUUUUGAACUGUCUUAAGUAAUUAUUUUGUUUGUUGUCUUGAUUGAACAUGACAAAAUUAAAGCAUUUUUAUUGUUCAUGAUUAUUAUAUCAUUCCACAUGGCGUGCACUAAUCUAAACGGCCAAGUGGCUGUUGGCAAUGAAAAGCAAAAAAGAAAAUACACGACUCACUAAUGUCACUAAAAGAAUACAUGAUUCGAUAUCAAGAAACCAAAUGAUGACCAGGGUCAGGGUUCAUCAAAAGAACGAAGCUGAACUUAGAUACCAUUGAUACUGAUUCUCCCGAUACCAGCAGCAUGCAUUCUUUUCAGCAAAUAGUGGAGAAAAUGGAAGAGAUUCAUGUGAAAACACAAGUAAGAGACAUGGAUGGCUUGGAAACAGAAAUGUCUGCUGAUAAUGUUGAUUCAAACCAAUAUAUUGUAAGUGUAAUGGUUAAAUGACAAAAACUGGCACAUUUAAUCAGAUGCUUCUCUAGAUUAUUUUCGGUCUGAAAUUAUUAAAAUAUGGACUACCUCGUUUCAGAACAAGGAUGGACUAUUCAGCGUAGUGACAAGGCAAAAUGCAAAAUCUAUAGGAGAUGUUUGCCAACUAGCAAAACAAUGGAUCUACGGGAGGAUGCGGUCGUGGAUGGUAUAUUCACUCGUCAGUCAGAAAUUUAAUGUUUUUGCUGCAGAUGGUUUGCUGUUAAUGUUACAGAAACAACAUGCAAAUUGGUUACUGGCUCUGAUAAGUGGUGGAAACUGAGCCCAAAAUUACAAAUCAUGAAGCAUCGAAAGAGCACCUAUGUUGCGUUGAAAAGUGGAAAGCAUUGGCAGGAGUAAGACUUAAGAUACACAAAAAAAUUGAUGCCUAAAGUAUUGCUGUGAAGGACAGGGAGAAGAAAAAGUGGAGGGAUAUCCUGCACAGGUUGCUGGACAUCACAUUGUUUCUUGCAAAGCAAAAUCUGGCAUUUCGUGGCCACAACGAAGAGGAAUCUUCACUUAAACUUUCUUGAAAUGGUUGCUAUGCUAUCUAAAUAUGACCCAGCACUAAAAGAGCACCUAAUGAGACUAAAGAGAGCACAUAUACAGUAAAAGCAUCUCAAUCUUACCUUUCACCAGAAACCCAAAAUGAAUUUAUAAAUGUCCUUGCAAAUCAUGUGAAGGAGAUUCUUAUCGUGGAUAUAAAGGCUGCAAGGUAUUUGGAAUAAUGUUGGAAAGUACACCUGAUAUAUCACACAGUGACCAGAUGUCUGAAGUGAUCAGACGUGAAAAUUCACAAUGUGAAAGUUGAAGUGAGAGAAUUGUUUCUUGCAUUUUUCCCCGUUAAGAGGGAAAAAAGCUGAAGACCUCAGUUCUGACAUUCUUACAAAUCUAAAACGUGAUGAACUAGACAUAAUGUUGUUCAGAGCUCAAGGUUACGAUAAUGCUUCCACAAUGUCUAGAAUCCAUGGAGGUGUUCAGGCCAUUCUGACAAGAAAUAAUAAGAAAGCAAUUUUUAAUGGAUGUGUGGGCCAUUCAAAUAACUUGUGUGGUCAACACUCUUUUGCAGAAAAUGCUUCAUGUAUUACCUUUUUUGGUACUCUUGAAAUAAUAUUUUUCUUCUUUGCUGCAUCCACUCAUCGAUGGAAUGUUCUAAUUGAACAUACUAGAAUGUCGAUGAAAAGACUGUCAACAACGCGUUGGAGUGCUCAUCGUGCUGCUGUUAAAACAGUGAAAGGUGAGUUUGAUGAAUGUGUGGCGGUGAUUGAAGCUCCGUACAAUCCUCUUGAAAAUUUGGAUACAAGAAGUACAGGCACAAGGUCUUUUAUAUGCUGUCUGUGAUUUCACGUUUAUCUGCUACCUUUACCUUUGGGUUGAUCUACUUGAGGACAUUAAUCUUACACAGCAGUUUCUACAGACUAAAGGCUUUACUCUUGACAAAGGGGUGACAAGCCUAGAGGCCUUAAGAUUGUUUCUGCAUGAGAAGCGCCAUCACUUGGUGGAACAUGCUAUUGAAAAGGCACUUUUAAAAGCAGACCAUUAUGGAAUUCUGGUAGAGAGAAGAUUAAGUUUUAAGAGGAGAACUGCAGGAGAAAAAUGAAUAGAUGCUGGACUCUUUCUGCGAGAAGAAAACAGUAGGGAGAUGCUGGAGUGUAUUUAUCGCUUUGAUUCUGAACUCCAGAUCAGAUCAGCAGCAAUCAAGGAAGUAGCAGAUAUGUUUGGGGCUAUUCAACCCAAGUCUAGUAUCAGCAAGUGAACAAGAGUUAUUGGAGUUCAUUCCAAAAUUAGCAUCUUUCUAUGAUUUAUCAGAAGAUGAACUUUUAAAAGAAAUAACAUGGCUUAGACGACAUCUAAAGGCAGCUUAAAUUGAAUUUCACAAAGUCAUGGACUGGUCAGUAUUUGAUGUUUUAAAAUUCAUAGCUGAAUGGGACUUCCUAGAAUCUCUUCCAAUAUUCUCGCUAAGCCUUUAAUUUAUUCGUACGAUAUGUGUGUAUGUGGCUUCAUUUGAGCGGAGCUUUUCAAAUCUAGGGCUUAUCAAGAAAUAUUUAUGAUCCACCAUGAGACAGUUUAGGCUUUCCGAUGUGGCUCUGCUAUCAAUUGAAAGUGAUACAGUGAAGGACAUUGAUUUUGAUCAAGUGAUUGACAGUUUUGCAGCUUUGAAGACAAGGAAAGGAAAAUUUUAAAUAAAGUAAAUUUAAUGUAAAAAUAACAAAUAACUUAACAUUGUUACAGUUUUUAAAUACAUUUACCUCAUGACCUUCAAUUUAUGUGUUUUUGGUCUUGUCAUUGUUAUACUGUGGACUUAUUUUUAACAAGAAGAAAUCCAUCAUGGAAGUUGGAGGGGGGCGGGGGUGUGUGUGACACCAUGAGUUUACCGCACCUUGUGACACCAACCCUUGCUAAGUCACUGAGGAGUACAAUGUCUCAAACAUAUUCAAUUAAGUAAAAAAAAAAUUAGUCAAUAUUUGUGUAUAAUUUGACUUUUAUAUUGUGUGUUUUGUUUCUGAUAUAUGUGCAGCAUUCGCAGUAGUAAAUAAAGCAUGUGGUUCUUGUUUUACUUUUAUAGAUUGAAUAUGAUCUUCAUCACUUUGGGAAGACUAACAAAGUUGUACCAAUAGCUUUUGAUAGGAUUGAACAGGCAGCCAUACCCCAGUGUAUGACAAAAUAUCCACCAAUAACUAAAGAGCAUUUUUUUCUAACAGCUAAUGAUCAGGUUUGUACAUGAAAGAAAUAUUUUAUAAUAACUAUUGAUGUAUUUUAAAGCUACUAUUUUUACAUUGUUUAAAGAAAAAUGGUGUGUUUUCUACAAAUUUAUAGUUUUAAAAUACAUAUAAUAAAUAGCAAUUUCCACUGGAUAAUUAUUAUAAAAUUUAAUGAUGCAAAGAUAAAAACAACUCCUCUCUAGACUGGUAAUGUGUCUAAAUGUAAAUUUUCAGUUGAAAACCUAAUGAAAACCUUUUUAAAAAAUCAUUUAUUGUAUUACAAAAAAUAUAUAAAUUUUCUAAAAAACAACACUUAACCUUUUUAAUAGACAGAAAUUUAUUUGGCACAGAAGAAAAUUGUUUUUAAAAAUUUAAUCAAAUUAAAUGAAUAAAACUACGUUUCUCAGCUCUUCUUUGGGUGAAAGUGUUCUAUAUGAGUAACUUGUAAAUCAUACAUAGUUAAUUUUGUUCCCCUCUAAUCUUUCUAAUCAUAAAUCAGUACAAGCUCAAAUGUUACAACAGUACAACAAAGAUGUGCAGGAAGACAGUGCUGGGUCCUACUUAUGGAUCACCCAUCAGAAAGUAUUAACCUAAGGAUUUUUUAAAGAACAUUUCAGACUUAAAUAAAUCAGUUUCAGUAAUUUUUUUUUUUUCUGGUGUCAUGUUUUGUAUUUUGUCUUUUAUUUAUGAUUCCACAACUCUUAGAAAAAUAAACAUACAUAUUUCAAACCCCAUUUUCUAUUAAUGUAAUUUCCAGAUCAUUUAACUCUGUUCCUAUGUCAUUCCCUUCUAUGCCAUGUAAUUACUUACCUCCAUGCUAUGUAAUUACUUUCUUUACAUGCAAUGUAAUUACUUCCUCCAGAAUGAUGGUGGUUCCAACGGAUAAGGAUGAAAGCAAGAACAGAUUUUUAGCUUACAUCACAGAUGACAAAAUUGGCCUACAGUUUUUACCAGCAACAGGAAAUCCCCACCUGGCAAUGGCCCUUAUUGCCCAUCCCAGUGGGGUAAGUCAGUCAAAUUGAGAGGAAUAGAGAAAAAGCAGUAGCUUAUUAUAAUAGACAAGAAGCAAUUCAUUAGUAAUAAAGAGCAUAAUGCCAAUUCUAAAUUUCUAACUCCAGCAUUUACAAUUUGUUUAGACUAAACCAAAGAAGUUUUCACAAAAUAUUCUUUGUGACAAAGUAUUUUAAGUUACAUACCCUGCAUUUGAGUCCAAAUAAAAGAAUUUUUGACCUCAACAGUCUUAUUUCUUGUUGUAUCUUCAGGUGUCCAACUUGACUUGCAGCUUUGAUGGCGCUUAUUUGUUUACAGCAGGUGGUCCAGACUUUGCUGUGCACAUGUGGGAAAUCAACAUUGCGUACGUUUGAUAAUACACAAACAAUUAUGAGAUGAAAAACAGUUAUCAACAUUGAGACUAUAUUUAUGAAAUUUUAUAGAGAAAGAUUUUAUUUUUUAAAAUUCAUAAUUAUAUAUAACUGCACUCAAAACACAUCUCUUUAAACUUUACUAUCCUGACUGAUUCCCACCCUUCUGAUCGAUAAAACAAUGUUGCUGAAAUGUAAAUAGUUCUUGUUUUUUAUUUAAUUAAUAUUUGUUAAUUUUUAAAUUCAUGAUUAUGUUUGUUAAAUUGUAUGUACAGAAUGGUGAGCCCAGCCCUAGGCUGGGGUACCGCGCUAUAUAAAACCACCACUAAGAAUAAUAAUAAUAUAUACUAGAUAUAGCACGCCAAACAUUGGCGACAGCAAUGCGUGAACUUCAAAUCUACAAUGGAAUUCUUUGUCACUACACAUCUGCAAUAUACCAACCACCCAAGCCUUCAAAACUGCACUCAAAACACAUCUCUUUAAACUAUACUACCUUGACUGAUUCCCCUCCUCUGACCGAUAAACAAUCCUGCUGGCUGCCAUCCAUGGUUAGCCUUGUAAAAGUUCUGGGGUGGGUGAAUAUACAAUUUUUUUUUUUUUUUUUUUUUUUUUUUUUUUUUUUUUUUUUUUUUUUUUUUUUUUUUUUUUUUUAAUUUUUUUUUUUUUUAUUUUUUUUUUUUUUUUUUUUUAUUUUUAAAAAAUUUUUAAAUUUUUUUUUUUUUUUUUUUUUUUUUUUUUUUAUUGUUGUUGUUGUUACAUGCUGUUCUUUUUUUCAUAAAUGUAUUUUACUUUAAUGUCAUGAUUAUGUCCAUUUUGAUAAUAGUUUUAUGUACAGCGCGGUGAGCCCAGCCCUAGGCUGGGGUACCGUGCUAUAUAAGACCACUUAUUAUUAUUAUUAUUAUUAUUACUAAAGUUACUUGACACAACAUGAACUCAGGUAACGCACAUUUAAGAAUCCGAAGUUUUGCUACACCCCUUCCCCCACGAUACAUCACUGCACACUUUUUAUUUCACGCCCAUGAAUUAUAAUGUCCCAACCACUUUUAAACUGAAUAUUUGUUAUACAAUACUUUUAUUGAGACAAUUUCAUUUUCCGAAAAACAAAAUAUUUCGCACAAAUUUUCGGAACAAAAUAUUUCGCACCAAACGCAGUUGCGUUAUUUAAAAAAUCUAUCUAUAUAUAGCCUGCUUGGUGGUUGUGGUGUUUGACCUUUGCUGGCAAAUUAUAUAUAUAGAUAUAUAUAUUGAAAAUAGUUUGAUUCAUGGCAUUAACCAUCACUCCUAAAACCAUCUCAUAAACCCUCGAUCUUAUAAUCCCCACCUGUAUCUUAUAGCACUUGUCCCUUAAUCUUCAAAAUAAUGAAUUUUAAUUUUUAUUGUUUGAUUUGUGUCCCUGUCAACAAAACCAAACCAAACUCACACCCAUAUAGAAUUAAAUAAAGUAUUUUAAAUAACAAUGAAGCCAUAUUAGUGAAAGGAUAACUAAAAGCAUCAUUUAAAUUUGGUCAAUUUUAUACAUGAUUUUUAAAGUGAUUUAUCAAUGUCUCACUUGACACUGUUCAGGUUUCAAAUAAUACCUUCUAAACCAGAUGAAAUAUACCAACCCUAAUUUUCAUCCUAUCCAAAUCAUGUCAAAAAUAUAAACUAACCAAAUCAUGAAUUUGGAUAAGCUAACGAUUAAUUAAAUCUUUUUAAUUAAGCUAACAUGAAUAAUUUUAAUUGUGUCUGUAAAUAUAGUUGGCUGAAAAUGUUUUUAAAUCAUAAAAUCACUUCCAAUGAUUAAAUACAUUUCAAACAGCAAUUGGUUUUAUAUCUUAACAGAGCGCUACAUGCCCAAGCCAAGCUUGGUGGAGAAGAUCUAGUUCCUUUUUAUGGCUUGCUAGAGGGAGGCAGAGAUGGAGAACUUUUUGCUGAACUAGAAGACUUGUUUUAUUAUGCCCAACUGAGACAGUAAGCUGUACUUCUUAAAACUUUCCACACUGAAACAACUCACAUAUAAUAAUAUUUUAAAAGUCACAACUAAACUUAGUACCUAAUUUAAUGAGUUGAAAGACAAAGAGUAAAUAUUAAUUGUCUAUACCUUUCAGUCAAGGCAUCAACUCUAUGGACACCCGUCAGAUCAGUAACAGAGUUCCACUAACUGAAGUACCAUACAUCAUGAGGGCCAUGGGAUUUUAUCCCUCAGAGCAAGAGGUAAUCAUUAAAACUUGGAUUGCUUAGGUCUCAUUUAUAUGUCUGUAGCCAAUUAUGACAUGCAGGAUAAUACCCUGGGUCAGCUGCGUCCUCAACUCAAUAAGAGUACGGCCAAUGCUGUAGCAGUAACUCUAAUCCAGUCAAGAUUAGAUUACUGUAACAGUUUUUGUGGGUUUAUCUCAGAACCAAAUUCAGAGACUCCAGACGGUACAAAAUACUGCAGCAUGCAUUGUAUCACGGAUAAAGAAAUCUGACCACAUUACACCAGUUCUGAGAGAUCUUCAUUGGGUUCCUGUGAGUGAACGCGUUAACUAAAAAAUUCUGUCUAUUGCGUACAGCUGCAUAGAAGGCUCUGCACCAAAAUAUCUUAAAGAACUGAGUUAUAAACAUGUAUCCUUAAAGAACCUGCAGUCCUCAACACAGUCCUUACUGAAAAUUCCCAUUGUGGAUGAACACAGAAAAAAGUCUUACGGAGUGCGCUCUUUUAAAGCGAUAGCACCAAAAUUAUGGAACAGUUUGCCUCAAUCUUUGAGGGGAAUUGAAAAUGAUAAAAAAUCAUUUAAGAAACAUUUAAAACUUUUCUGUUUAAAUAGAUUUAAGUAAACCAGAGCGCAGUGAGCAUGCUUAAGUAGCAUGGAAACCAGCGCUAUAUAAAUAUCCAAUCAAUCAAUAAAUUCAGAGAUCCUGAUUUGGAAUGCUACUGUCUCAUUUGUUUAGAAAUAUUUCCUCAAAUCUUCUGUGGUACAAGCUGUGAUAUUUUUAUAAUGAAAAGAAAAAACAAGUUAUGUGUUUCUAAUUUGUGUGUGGAAAUUUUUUCGCAGUGUAAAGGCCACGUUUUUGCGGAAAAGCAGUGUGUACCGGCAAAACCCAAAAAUGCAUAGGGGUGUGAUCUCGCCUAACAAUAGAUCGAAAUGUUGACCUCAGAUAUUGCUUUUCACCCCAGUCAGUACAGCCGGCUUCUCUCUCCCAUGGUGGUGAAUACUUAAAUACCACGAAGUGGGCUUUAGUAAUAAAUUCAAUAAUUUAUUUCUCUGGAACCCUAGCAUAGUUAGUUAUAAAUUAUAUCUAGUUGGAAAGGGGAUUUUAUUCACUAUUCCGUGGCAUAUUUACAAGUCUCCAUCAUUAUAGGAGAGUUUCACAUUGAGUCAUUGGGGGAGUUGUCACCUUCAUCCACAGUGGUCCCCACCCCUUCUACUUAAAAUAUCUCAAAAACUAUUUAACUCACAGAAAUAUAAGAUAGUAUCUUAGAGAGCUGAGACAAAACUGCACAGAUCACAUUUAAGUCGUUAGGGAUUUGGUCAGGGAUUUUAAUGAUUACUGGGGUGUAGUCCACAGAGUUAGGCAUUUCACCCCAGGAAAUUGGCCAGAAGGCACAACGUAGACCGUUUUUGGUCUCAGUGUGAUGGAGGUGCUAUCUCGUAUGUCCCCCGCGCGAUUUUAUGAAGGGGCGCACACUAAGAAGUUUUGAACAACAUCCCUGAAAUGUGUCAUUUUUCAGUGCGGCCCAUUGUGAUGCUCUGUAAGUAGAAGCAGAUACACCAUUAUAUUUCUUUGUGUUUAGUAUGACUUGUUCAGUGUUAGCAUUGGAAGAUUUAUGUUCAGACUUAUCACCAUGAUAUAUAGCAGGAUGAACCUACCGCAUGUAGACUUAUAACCAUGCUAGGUUGAAGGAUUGAACAUAUAACCGUCCAUUAAAUUCUUGAAUAGAAUUAAUUAGAUACCAGUGACCAGUGUUUGUAAGCAUAACAAGCAACUGUAUAUCAGUCUGGUUACACAUACUGCAAUGUGCUUAUAAGCUAUUGAAACGACAGUUAAACCAGGGAAUGUACGUCAAAUAUGUGUAAUAGGCUAACUCUCCUGCCGUGUGCUAAAUUCUCACAUAGGAAAUGGUGCAUGUGUUAGGAUAAUAUUACAUAUAAUGAGUCAUUCUGGAAUUUGCUGUUUGUCUUAAAAAGACACAGCGAUUGAUAGAUAUAAGUAUCAAGAUACAAGUAUCAAGCUAAUGGUGGUCAUACUUUAUACCAUUGUAUUUACUGUCCUGCUUUGUGUGCUUCUUACAUAGACACCAUACCUGGAUGGCCUACCAUAAUAAUUCCAAGAUCUUUAUGUCAACCCUCACAUCUCACACUGGUUCUGUGUGUAACACUAAUACAGUUUACGUGCUACAAAUUAAACACUGCCACAUGAUUUCUUUUAUAGUUUUUUUUUACAUUUUUAGAACAAUAUAGUUUUCAUUGCCAUUUUGUAUGACAUGUAAUGUACUAUCCUCAGUUACGUAUAUUUUUGUCACAAUCUACAAUUAUGGCGUUAUUAACAUGUUUAUUAUUCGCUGUAUUAGUCAAUGUUAGUCAGGACAUUGUUAACCUGUACUAUUUGUUUCAUUUCAGACAUUUUCCUUUUUCUUUAGCUUUUUCUUAAGACUUUUUCUUUAGCUUUUCCUUAGGACCUUUUCCUCCUUAGCACUUUUACUUUAGAGUUUAAUAAAGCUAUAGUCCUCGAGGCCGGAUUCCUUCAUUUUUUUAUUAGUAACUGUCAGUCUUGGUACAAUCACCUAUCAUAACCAGACCUCACUCAAUUACAAAGGUUUUAUUUUUAUUAUGAUGGAUGUUAAUCCUUUCAAAACUGUUUUGGUGCACACUUGGUCCACUAGAACAGUGGUUACCAAACGUUUAAGUCUGGCGGACCAGUAAACAAGUUUUGAAAUUUACCAGGGACUGGUGAAUGAUUUAUUUUUAUAAUUUUAUUUCUAUUUUACAAUAAAUAUUUAUGUUAUGGGGGCCGGCAGCGUUAGGCAUGCCAACCUGUGAAGGUCCACGGACCGCCAUUUGGGGACCACUGCACUAGAACCAUCCAUCCCUGUGGCGCUACAGCCCAUGUAGGGCUUUGGCCUGCCUCACCACUUCCUUCCACUCAGAUCUAACUAAUGCCUUUCUUUUCCAUGCUUGGACUUUCAGCUGCUGUAGAUCUUUUUCCACAUCAUCUAUCCACCUAAGCCUAGGUCUGCCUUUGAGCCUUUUUCCUCUGGGGUGAUGCACCCUCUUCGUUCCUCUGUCAUUUGGCAUUCUCUCUAGGUGUCCUGCCCAGCGUAGCCUGCUCUUUUUAUUUCUGCCACUAUCGUGGGAUUCUGAUAUUGACUGUAUAACUCCUGGUUGGUUCGUAUUCUCCAUCCAUAUUCAUCCUUUGUUGGCCCAUAUAUUUUCCUGAGAACUUUCCUCUCCCAUGUGUUUAAUAGGUUUUCUGCUGUUUUUGUUAGGGUCCAAGUUUCACUUGCAUAUGUUACAACUGGUCUGAUCACAGUUUUAUAAAUAGUUUUCUUUGUUUCUCUUGUAAUGUUUUUACUUUUGAGUAUUUUCUGACUACUGAAGUAUGCCAUGUUUCCGGCUGAUAUUCUUUCUUUUAUUUCUGUUAGUAAUUCGUUUCUUUCAUUUAACAAGGAUCCUAAGUAUUUGAAUUGAUUUAAUUUUUCAAAAGUUUGGUUUCUAAUUUUAAUUGUUUCAUCUGUUUGUUCCUCUCUUAUCAUGAAGAAAAGAGUCUGUUCAAAUGCCAAACUUACAACAAGAACUAAGCUGCAGGUGUACCAGGCCUGCGUACUGAGCACACUACUGUAUGGAUGCGAGUCGUGGACCACAUACUCUAACCACGAAAGAAGGCUCAAUGGCUUCCACCUCAGAUGCCUGCGCCACAUCCUUGACAUUAAAUGGCAAGACAAAUUCCCCCAACACGGAUGUCCUUCCCAAACAAACAUGUGUAGCCUCCCAGCCAUGUUAAUCCAAAGACGCCUCCGCUGGCUUGGACACGUCAAGCGAAUGCAACCUGGUCGCAUACCAAAGGACGUGCUAUACAGCAAGGUGGCGACAGGGAAAAGGUCAGUUGGACAGCCUCAUCUGAGAUACUUAGCUUAGACAUAGACAUAUGCAAAAGAGACAUGAAGUCGGCCAACAUCGACAUCUCAAACUGGGAAGAGCUGGCAGAGGAUCGAUCCUCAUGGCGGGCAUCGUGAAGGCAGGAUCACUACAUGCCGAGGAGCAAAACAGGGCGGAAACAGCUGUAAAAAGAGCGAUGAGGAAGGCCGGUAAAUACUGCUCCACGGCAUUCGUAUUUGGGAAAUGUAACAGAGACUGCCAUUCGAGGAUUGUUCUCACCAGCCACACCAAGAGCUGCAAGCAAUAAAUAUAAUCUAUCGUCUCCCUCAGACGGAAAGAUGCAAUACAUAUCAUGGUCAUGUAUUUUGUUGUUUGGUUGUUAACUUCCAGCCGUGCUUGUAGAGAUGCGUCUUCUAAUUCAAUAAAGGAUUUUGAUAUGUCUUUAAUACUUUUCCCUAGAAGUGCUAUGUCAUCAGCAUAUGCAAGAUACUGAAGUGGUUGGUUGUAGAGUGUGCCCCUUGGUUGUGGGUCUCGAGUUUCCCUCAGAAAGUAUCCUGUUAUCGUUCCUCGAGUGUGAAUGUGUAUGUUUCUAAUAACUCUCUCUAAUGUUAGGUUGAAGAGCAUACAAGACAGUGAGUCUCCCUGUCUAAGGCCUCGUCUAAUAUGAAAUUCCCUUGAAUGUUCUCCUUGAAUCUUGACUUUGCUUUUGAGUUGUUUAGUGUUACAUGUAUUAGCCUUGUCAGUUUGUUGGGUAUCCCAAACUCCUGCAGAGUCUCAUAUAAAUAGUUUCUUUUGAUGCUGUCAUAGGCCAUUUUAUAGCCUACAUAGAGUUGAUGUACUGGUAUAUUAUAUAUUCAUAGCAUUUCUCUAAAAAGCAUCUGAUGGUGAAAAUCUGAUCAGUCGUUGAUCUGUCAGGCCUGAAUCCACAUUGGUAAUCACCUAGUAUUUCUUCAGUGUAAGGUUGUAGUCUUUUGGCAAUAAGCUUCGUCAGUAUUUUGUAUGUAACUGCACUAGAGCACCGCUCAAGAAACUGUUUUUGUACUUCUUGACAGAUUGAGGACAUGUUGAAUGAAAUAAAGUACAACGAAUAUGUCAACCUUGGUCAUUAUCAGGAGGAUAUUGACUUGGGGGGUUUCAUCAAGUGUGAGUAAAUUACUUAAAUUUGUAUCUGAUUCAAAGUAGCAUUCUGUUAACAUAUUUGUUGUUUAAAAAUGACAAUGAAUUGAAUGGAGCAGAUGGAGAAAAACUUUUUCUGCUUUAACCUUUACCCUUUAGACAAUUUUAUUUUGGCAGGUCAGUUCUAACUUCUGUCAUUUGUUUGGUACUGCAUUGCACUUUUUCUGAAUCUGAGGUGUGUUUUGGUUUUAGUUUAUAGUUUAUAGGAGUAAUAAACGAAACUAACAAUGUUUGUUUAGUUGGCAGGUUUAAUUACUAUACAUAUAAUGAGCCAUAAUAUUUAAACAUUUUUAUUUCAACUUCAACCUUUUCAAUAUAUAUGUAAUCUGUUUUUUUGUCUUUAGUCAAGAAAAAACACAAAAUCAGAUUAGAGUAACUUUAAUUAAGCUUAUUGGCAUCCACAUACAUCCAUAUUUUUUAGGUGAUGGUGUAGCUAUUUAUUAGCACCUCCACAGUUGACUUGUGAGUCAAUUCAGUUUCAAAUAUUUUAUGUUUAAAAUGUAUUGCUUCUUUGAACAGUGUAUGUAAAUCAUAGGCCAGCAUUUGGACUGUCUGCUGAGAAACUGCUAUGGGCCUUUCAAACCUUGUCAGAGACCCAAAGUGUUGUUAAUGGUGGUGUCAUUGAAAGAGGGGAUUUUUUUAACCUGUUGGAAAAGAAAGGUUUGGAUCAUCUGUCUCUCAUCAUCUUAUUUUAACUACCAUACAUUUUCAAAUGGUUAAAUAUAUAUCUCUUAUAUUUAUUACUCUUCUGGUAUGAUUCGUGGACUGCUUCCUAAUCAGCGAAUUUGGUAUUGAGAGUAUAUUAAAAAUAAUUCUAAGUGUUUGAAAGAAAGUAUGGGUCAAUAAUGAGUUCAAUAGCGUGCAAAAUAUAAAUCCCGAUAACUACGCUAAAUGAUUUUUAAAAUAAUUUAAAUAACGCAACUGCGUUAGGCGCGUAAGAUUUUAUUUUCAGAAAAUGAACUGGUCUCAAUUUAAGUCUGUUGCUAAAAAACUAUUCGGUUUAAAGGUGGUUGGGAGAUGAGAAUAUUUAAUAUAGUUCAAGGGUGUGAAAUAAAAAGUGUCCCCUUCCUAUCAGUGGGUUAUUUCUUGACACAUACAGUUGAUGAAGGCAGUGCACUCUCACUGAGACAUAGGGUAGGAGAUUUCGUUGCCCCACAUUGGGACAGAUUUGCAGAAACAGGCAAGACAUUUGUAUACAAAACCCUCAUUCAACAGUGAGGGGUAGAGGGGACGUGGCAAUAGCGGUUGCUUCAACUGGAAUUGCAGCAACGUUGCUACCUGGCGGCCGUACUGCACAUUCCGUGUUCAAAAUACCUCUUCAAAUAAAACCAACAUGACCGUGCAAAAUGAAGCCAAAUACCAAGGAUGCCAAUAAAAUUCUCGAAGCGAAAAAUAAUCAUCUGGGAUAAAGCACCAAAGACACAUUGCUAUGCAUUUAAAGCUGUUGACAGACCAUUGCGAGAUCUUACUCAGGAAAAUGCACCUGUCGGUAAUAAAACCAUUCUUCUCGGUGGCGAUUUCCGUCAAAUACAGCCAGUUAUUUUCCACAGUUCUUGAACCCUCAACAUUGCCUCCUGCAUCAGCAAGCGCAGGCUGUGGAACAAAAUGAAAGUCCUAAAACUCACAAAAAAUAUGAGAGUUCUGGAAAGUGAAAAUCAAUUUGUUCAAUGGCUUCUUCAAGUUGGGGAAGGUAAAACUGGAGACACAGCAGAACAACCUCUUCAAUGUUUACCACAAAAACAGAUCUGACCAGGACCAGCUACAACAGGAUCUCAAUCUGUUAGCUGAGUGGGAGAUGAGCUGGGACAUGGAAUUUCACCCUGCCAAGUGCCAGACACUAUCAAUCUCUAGAAGUUGUACUCCUCUACACUACCAAUACGAACUGCACGGCCAUAUACUUGAGCAAGUUUCCUCCGUAAAAUACCUGGGUGUUACCAUUCAAAGAGAGGUCCGCUGAGAUGAGCAUAUUAACAAUGUAUGUAACCAAGCAAACCAAGCCUUGGGGUUCUUAAGGCGAAAUCUAAAGAUUGGCAACUCCUGUGUGAAAGAAAGAGCAUAUAAAGCCUUUAUCCGUCCGAUUUUAGAUUAUGCAUCUUCAGUCUGGGACCCAUUUACCCAGAAGAGCAUUGACAGGUUGGAGGCGGUCCAGCGACGAGCAGCACGCUUUGUCCUAAACCGCUACAGGAAUACCUCUAGUGUUGGCAGCAUGCUAGAAACACUAGGCUGGUCACCAUUGGAGAAACGACGACGACAAUCCAGGCUCUCCAUGAUGUACAAGAUAAAUAAUGGGCUGGUCCACUGUUCCAGUAUUAAACAGAAACUCGUCCCUCUCCCCCAUAGACAGCGACGAGGCCAUGACAGGCAAUUCAGGCUCAUACCAGCAAGAAGCCAGUAUAGGAGCUGCUCAUUCCUGCCCAAGACAAUCAGGGACUGGAACCAUCUUUCAAAAGGAACAGUUGAGGCGACAACACUAGACACAUUUGUGUCUAUUGCCUCAAGCCUUCAAACCCCUAGUGCAUAAUUUCCUCAUCACCACCAGUAACAGAAACAUUGCAAAUCCCAUCUACAUGCAUAGGAGCCAAAAUGAUCAAUAAAUUGAUCGUGGGCCCUUAAUAUAAAGAAGAAGAAGAAGAAAACAAGAUCUGAUGGCUCAACUUUAUGGUGAUAUUAACUUUGCGACUGUGACUUCCCAAGAACGUGCUUCAAGAGCAAUACUGAGAGUUGCCUUUGACGAUUCUGUACAUAUAAACAACAAAGUUCUUGAUCUUAUGCAGGGUGAGAAAGUGACUAUUAAGAGUGUAGAUACAGUGGUUGUUAAUGAUAAAAACAAGAGUUUAGAUAGAGUGGUGAGUGAUGAUCCUAAUGAUCAAUUCACCUACCCACAGGAAUUUUGACGCACCCUCUCACUAACUGGCAUGCCUCCACAUAUCCUUUAUCUAAAGGUGGGAGCUGUAGUUAUGCUCCUCCGCAAUAUUAUGCCAUCAAAAAUUCUUUGCAUUGGAACAAAACUGCCCCCCCCCCGUUAACAACUGUCAAACUUUUGAAGUAAUUAUGUCAACAUUUUUAUAAACCCUCCCCUCCCCAAAAAUGAAUUAUAAUAUAAAUAAAUAUAUAAAUACAUUUUACUUUGUGCUGAUCUAUUUUAAUAACACAAAAUUUUAGGAAAAACAUAUUAUUGCAUAUUUAGCUUAUUAAUCAAUAAAUUAAAAAUGUUUUUAACACUUAAAUUUUUAUAAUGCAGAAUCAAUGAAAAGGUUGUUAAAGACUAAAUAUCAUUGUUUGUGAAGUAUAAAUAUGAUUAUUAUCAGUGUAACUGACAAUUGUAGCAUAGUUUCUAGCUGCUAUCAUCUUCCCGGCCCCAGGGAGUAGCCAGGUGUUGCUCUAUCGUAACAAUGGGUGUAGUAUCUGCUACAUCAUUAUUAUAUUGCGAAACUGAUAUACCAGACAAGCCAACAUCAUCCUUAUCUAACCAUCCAGCACUAAAAUAGUAGCAUUGUCAGUGUGAGCAAUAACUGCCAUAAGCUCUCUCUGUCUCCUGGCUGCUACUCGCGUUGGUCGAAUCCUUUUUUGUUGAGUAGCAGGUGGUAAUUUCUUAUUCUUAUCCUUGUCGGUGCUGUUCUACAUGCUAUUUUAAUAUGACUUGUGAUGCAAAAUUAAUGUUACAGAUUUUGCAAAUCCGUUCAAGCAGCAAUGUUAUCAUUGUUACUCACUUUACUUUGCCCUAAUUCUCAAAAUCUCCUACUCCGACUCUAUCAAUAUCAUUUAACUAUUUAUCUUGACUGCACAUGACCCUUGUCCUUGUUCCAUAAGUGCAACAUGAUAGCAAACAUACCGCCCUAGUCAUUUGCGACAAACAGAAUCUACAGGCGAAGAGUGACCAACUUUGGACUUCUCUAGCACUAACAAAGUGUGCUAACAUUCUGACCAGCCAUCAGCAGUGCACAGACAGACACACAUUUAAUAAUCCUAUAUUGUUAAACGUGAAAGCCUAAAAAUUAUAUAAUUAUUUUCACUUCAACUCAUUAAAUUUCGUAAAAUAAUGUAAUAACCAGUCAAUUUUAAAGAUUAAAAUUUUAAUAGAGAAAACAUAAUUGUUGACCUCAACUAAUCUUACCCCCCCCCCCCACGUCAAAACAUUUCCAACCCCUGUGUCAAAUAUUUCCAACCCCCCCCCCCAUUUUUCAUUUUUGUUGACAUAAUUAGUGGACAACCCCUAAGAAUAGCGGACCUAUAAUACAAUGCAUCAACCAUUUUUCAAAUAACAUGCUUUUUUGGCAUUACCAGGCGAGCACAUGACGGAAGAGGAGCUGUCUGAACAUUUGACAACUCUACUUGGCUUUAACAAAGAAGGUGGGGCUUGUGAGGAUGAACCUUUUGAGCCAGAGAAAGGUGUUUCAUUCAUUGGUGAUGCUCUCCCCUUUGAUAUCAAUUCUGAAAUUCUCAUCAAUGAAAUACUUGGCUUCUCUAUGACGGUGGACCCACCAGCAAAAAUAGACACAAAAGAUGUGGUAAAAUCAGGGGCCUCUUAGAGUAUUUGAUUAAUUAGGAGCCUCAACUCUGUCAAACUCUUGGAAUUUUUUUUUCCACAAGCAGCUUGAUAAAUGCUCAAGGUAUUUUACUUAGUUGAUAGUUUUUACAAUGUUGAUCAAUGUUAUUCAAUUUUUUAAAAACAUAAAUCAAUCAUAAAACAAUAGCAGGUUUAUGAAGCACUUAAUGUGAUCAAACAAAAAGAACUUUAGACACACAUUAUUGGGUUGCUUACAUAAUUUUCUUCAUGUAAAUUUAAGAGGUAUUUAUAUAUGAACUUUUACUUUUAAAAGUAUCAAGGUGUAUUUUUAAAAUAAUUUUAAGUCUCUUUGAUUAUGAAUUAGCAUUAUAGUGCAUUAUUACCAUUUAUUUAAAUAAGUCUUCUGAUCAUGAUGUAAUAAAGAUAACCACAGUAGUGUUUUAAUUAUUUAAGUAUUUAAUGAGCAGUGGCACAAAAGUAGAUAUCCCAUUUAAAAUUAAAAAAGAACUAAAAUUAGUAUUUGUUAAUAUUUAUGCAUAAGACUCUGCUUUCUCAAAAUUGUAUGCGAUAAUAAAGGAAUUUUAGGACAUGCAAAUAACAUUAAAACAUUGUAAAUUUUCCCUAAAAAGUCUUAAUGUGGAUUUAACACUAAAAACUAAAUAAGUGCCUAUGCAUUAUUGUUCUUUUGAUUGUAUAUUUAUAGUGAACAAAUAAUAUUUCAUGGUAAUAUGCCUGAGUGUUGUUUGAUAUCCAGGGAAAUAAUUUGAUAUUUUUUAGGAUGUGAUUUUAACAUUUUAGAAAAGAUGCAUUUUGAUAUUACCAUGACUGUUUCUAA